CAUUAUUUCUCAGCCUGUGUAAACACAAGAAACGACUCUUCACCGGUCAGAAUUGACAUCUUCCACGUCUAGUCGCAGCUAAUUCGCAGUUGCAGCGGGGGAUCUUUCUUCUUCAUCAAGGAAAUAUUUUUCAUAACACGCCACUUUCGCAUUUCAUUUUUGGAUAUGAUCCCUAAUAAAACCCAAAGAUAAGGCCAAUCGGUCGUUCGCUUCAGUUAUUCGCGAGAAAUCGCACAAAGCAGAUCUCAAAAGCUUCAACGAAAAGGCGAUUAUGGUGCUGCCGCUAUUAAAGCUCGGGACAUUAGCCGCGAAAACGCUAAGCAAGCCAGUCGCUAGUAAGCUCAAGCAACAGGCUGCUUUCCACCCCACGUUCCGCCAGUUCAUCAUCAACAUGGCCCAGGCAAACCACAGAUUGACGACGAGAAUGCAAAGGCGAAUCUAUGGUCACGCAACAGAUGUUGAGAUACGCCCUUUGAAUGAGGAGAAAGCUGUCCAGGCUGCCGUUGAUCUCAUAGGGGAACUCUUUGUUUUCACGGUGGCAGGAGCUGUUGUGAUAUUUGAGGUGCAAAGGAGUGCCAAAUCAGAAGCCAGGAAGGAGGAAAUGCGCCGGCAAGAAUUGGAGGCAAUGAGGAAAAGGGAUGAAGAAUUAGCCAAAGAAGUGGAAAUUCUUAGACACAAACUUGAGGAAAUUGAGCAGCUAGCCAAGGGACGAGGACUCUCUGGUAUUUUGCACUUCAGACAUUCUAACACAGAAGGAGGAAACGUGGCAAAACCAGCUUAAUAAAACUAUUCAAUUCAUCAAUAGUGCACAAUCUGACUGCAAAAUUUCCAAUUCAUCAGAUUAUCUCCAUUCAUAUCACCAGAUGAAGCUUUCUUCUAUUUCUAUUUGAUUCUUUUUUGCAUUGGUUCUCAGAUUGAGUUCUGGCUUCAACUGCAAAGAUUCAUGAACGACUGUUAAGACUAAGAAUUUCCUUGUAGGAAUAAAAUGAAGAAGGAAUAAAUAGAUGCUGAUUGAUUGGAGGUGUGA